AUGCGUCUAUUGGACUUGAUGAAGAAGUGCGAGAAAAUUGAUGCUGCCCCAGUGGUGGUGCCCAGUGAUGGCAACUGCUUGAUCUGGUCAUUGCUAGUUUUGCAUGAUCAAAACAUUCAACGUGAGUGGACCUCUUUGGAGUCGAUCAACUUGCAGGUGCAAUUGCGGCAGACACUUCGGAAGUUGUGGUUGAACAAAAGAGGUGAUGAUGCUUGGCAAGAAGUCUUCAAAUUUGCAGUGGAGAGAUUUUUCGAAGAGACUACUGCCACACCUCCCCAGAAAGCUAAGAAAGAGCUUGGUUCUGAACACCCAUCUCCUUUCUCUGCAAAGAAAGAUGGGAACGGCAAGAGAAAAGUCCGCCGAGUGGAUGCUGCCAGACCAGUCGAUUCCAUGGUGCUGAAAGACUUUUCUGACACCAAGCUCAAAGCGCCACCUAACAAGGCUGAAUCUGCAUUGGAGCCUCCGAUCCCAGAUCUAGCAGAAUCUUUGGUGGAAGGGCCGUUUCAUGACAAUAUGAUGCUUGUUCCACAUCCAGUUGAGGAUGAUGAUUCAGAGAUGGAAGCAGAGCUAGACCACAGGCGUAGGAAAAGAAAGCAUCGUCGGACUUGCAAGAAGAGAGUGCAAAGCCAGCGGGAGAUGCAAGACAAAAUGGUUGGGCAGUGGCUUGCAGAGCAUGGCUUGGCCUAUGCAUCUUGGCUAAAAGCCCAUCGCCUUGGUAGCACCUACAGAAAGAUCGGACAAUGCUAUGGAGGAGGUUGGAUGAAUAUGAAGCUGUUACUGGCGCAGAAAAAAGACAUUACAUGCCCAGUCUGCUUGUCCACACUCACUGCCAAUGGCAUCGAUGUGUCGAAAGUGCCUGACCUAUCUGAUGAGCCAGCGCAGACCUUGGAAGCUGAUGCCAUGGACAUUGACAAAGAUGAUGCGCAGGAGCCUCCCUUGGCAGAGAAUCCGAGGCCUAAGAGGAAGAGACGGGAUACUUCCAAAGAAGGUAGGGAGAAGGAACUUCAAGACUGUUUGGCAUUGAUUGCUUCUUAUGGGCCACACAUCGUUCUGGAAGGUGAAAACAUGCAGAGGUUGCGCUACAGAUGCACAUUAUGCAAAACCAAGACCCAGCCAGAAGGAAAGGUGAAUAUUUUGGGGGAGCCCAAUGUGGCUGGCUUCCGGCAUUUCUUGAAUGUACAUGUGGACUCCAAGACGCAUCAGCAGCACCUA